GGUUUGUUUUUUUUUUUUUGUUCGCCGCUACUCACUCUCACACACGCGUCUGCGAGCAAUCCACACACACAACCACACAAACCACACGCAGCGCGUCUGUGUUGUUGUUGUUGUUUGUCAUUGUGCUCCCUUCCUUCCUGUCAAGAAAGGGGACUGUCCUUCGCCGCUGGAAUUAGCUACCAACAACAGCCAAGUGCUGGCUGACUUUCCCUGCAAACCAAGCCAAGCAAAGCAAAGCACACAGAAGCAAGUCCAACACCAACCCCAGCGUCGGGAGUUUAAGCACCCAAACAACAACCAGCCAUGCCACCCCACUGGCAAAGCAAGACGAAACAGGCCAGCUCUGGCGUCGAGGACAUGGUCCUUAUCUCCAAGAUCAACGAAGACGCCAUCUGUGACAACCUCAAGAAGCGCUACAUGGACGACCUCAUCUACACUUACAUCGGCCCUGUGCUCAUCUCCGUCAACCCAUUCAAGCAGAUGCCUUACUUCACGGACAAGGAGGUUGAAAUGUACCAAGGCGCCGCCAUCUACGAGAACCCGCCGCACGUGUACGCGCUGACGGAUGACUGCUACAGAAACAUGCUCAUUGACAGCGAGAACCAAUGCGUCAUCAUCAGUGGCGAGAGUGGCGCGGGCAAGACGGUUGCGGCCAAGUUCAUCAUGGGGUACCUUGCCAAGGUCUCUGGCGGCGGCGCCGAUAUCCAGCGGGUGAAAGACGUCAUUCUCGAGUCGAACCCGCUCCUCGAGGCGUUUGGCAACGCAAAGACCGUCCGCAACAACAACUCCUCCCGCUUUGGCAAGUACAUUGAGAUCCAGUUCAGCCGCGCAGGCCAGCCCGAUGGCGGCAAGAUCUCCAACUUCCUGCUUGAGAAGUCGCGCGUUGUGUCGCAAAACCCGGAGGAACGCAACUUCCACAUCUUCUACCAGCUGUGUGCCGGCGCCUCGGAGCACCAUCGCCAAAACCUCGGCAUCAGCUCCCCAGACUACUACAACUACCUCAACCAGUCUGGGUGCGACCGGGUGCCCGGCAUCGACGACGUGGCCGACUUCAACGAGACGCAGCGCGCCAUGGCUGUCAUGAACAUCUCCGACGACUACCAGUGGGAGGUGCUGAAGGUCGUCGCGUCCAUCCUGCACCUCGGCAACAUCACCUUUGUUGAGAGCGGAAACUACGCCCAGGUGGCGGACGACAGCUUCCUUGAGUUCCCGGCCUAUCUCCUCGGCGUGGACGUCGGCCUGCUCAAGGCCAAGCUCCUCACCCGCAUCAUGGAGAGCAGGUGGGGCGGCAAGACAGAAACCACAACCGUCACCCUCACCGUCGAACAGGCUGCGUACACGCGCGAUGCGCUUGCAAAGGCGCUGUACGCCCGCCUCUUCGACUACCUCGUCAACUCCGUCAACGCCGCAAUGGCCAAGGAGAAGGUGGAGCUCAGCAUUGGCGUGCUGGACAUUUACGGCUUUGAGAUCUUCAACAACAAUGGAUUUGAGCAGUUUUGCAUCAACUUUGUCAACGAGAAGCUGCAGCAAAUCUUCAUCGAGCUCACACUCAAGGCGGAGCAAGAGGAGUAUGUGCGCGAGGGCAUUUCGUGGAAGCCAAUUGAGUUCUUCAACAACAAGAUUGUGUGCGAUCUCGUUGAAGAGAAGCGUCCACCAGGCAUCAUGUGUGUCCUUGACGAUGUUUGCGCUACCCUCCACGCCCAGACGGAUGGCGCCGACUCGAAGCUGCUGGAGAAGCUCAUCGGUGCCGUCGGAACCCACCAGCACUUCAACAGCUUCACCGGCGAAACCGCCCCGCUCGCGCACGAGCAUGGACGAGAGCAGCACGGCUUCUGCGAGCGCAACCGCGACUUCAUCCUGCCGGAUCUCCUACAGCUCAUCCAGUCCUCCACGGAUGGUUUCAUUGUUGCGCUGUUCCCCGACGAUCCAAACCCGACGGACAAGCACGGGCGCAAGAAGAAGCAGGCCACCGCUGGCGGAAAGAUCAGGACACAAGCAAACCUGCUGGUUGACAAGCUGAUGCAGUGUGCACCGCAUUACAUUCGCUGCAUCAAGCCGAACGAGACGAAGAAAGCCCACGACUGGGACCGCAGCCGCUGCCUUCAUCAGGUGCGGUACCUGGGUCUGCAGGAGAACAUUCGCGUGCGCCGCGCCGGGUUCGCGUACCGUCGCGAGUUUGAGAAGUUCCUCACCCGCUACGCCAUCCUCACAAAGGAGACGUUCCCGCGCUGGCACGGCGACCCGAAGCAAGGCAUCCACCACCUGAUGGACUCUGUUGCGAUGGACCGUGACCAGUGGCAGCUCGGUGUGUCCAAGGUCUUCAUCAAGAACCCCGAGUCGCUGUUCCUGCUGGAGGAGGUUCGCGAGCGCAAGUUUGACGCGUAUGCGCGCAAGAUCCAGACGACCUACCGCCGCUGGAAGGCCCAGCAGUACUACGAGGAGCUCAAGCAGAAGGCGUCUGACAUCCUGAUGCACAAGAAGCAGCGGCGGUAUGGCACCAUCAACCGCAACUUUGUUGGCGAUUACAUUGGCUACGGCGACAACCCGUCACUUCGCGCCCUCGUUGGCAAGAAGGAGCGCGUUGAGUUUGCGUACACGGUUGUCAAGUACGACCGCCGGUUCCGCCCGCAGAAGCGCGACCUGCUGCUGACGGCCAAGGCCAUCUACAUCAUUGGCCGCGAGAAGCAGAAGAAGGGCCCGAACAAGGGCGAGGUGCUCGAGGUUGUCAAGCGCCACAUCGAAAUGACAAACAUCGGCAGCGUCUCCCUCAGCACCAAGCAGGACGAUUUUGUGAUUCUGCACGUGCCGUCCGAGUACGACACGCCCAUGGAGAUGGUGUUCAAGACAGAGUUCCUGACCCUGCUCGCCGAGAAGUACGAGGCUGCGACUGGGCGGAAGCUGCAGACGCACUUCAGCGACCGGCUCACCUUCCAGCUGAAGAAGGAGGGCUGGGGCGGCGGUGGCUCGCGCGAGAUUGAGUUUAUGGAAGGCCAGCACUGGCUGGUGAAGCCGAGUGGCAAGAAGCUCCUCGUCUACUCUCCCCGCGGUCUCCCCGCAGACUCAACUCCCGGGUCGCACCACUUUGCCGGUCGCGGCGGCGGUGUGUCGCACAUGCGCCAGCCGCAACAGCAACGGGCGCCCAUGCAGCAGCGCCAACCACAGCAGCAGCAGUACAACUACCAGCAGCAGCAGCAGCAACCACAGCAGGCUUACCAACAACCAGUGCAAGCUCAGGCCCAACGCAAGGUCAAGAAGAAGGCGCCACCACCACCGGGCAAGGGCCGGCGCAAGCCGCCACCACCAAAGCCGAAACUGCCACAGGCGCGGGUGCUGUACGAUUACGACGCGCAGGACGCAGACGAGCUCACCAUCCGCUUCAACGAAACUGUCUCCAUCGUCCGCAAAGAUCCUUCUGGCUGGUGGCAGGGACGCCUGCGUGGAAAGGAGGGCCUGUUCCCGGGCAACUACGUGGAGGAGCUCUCCGAGGCAUAAAAUGCAGCAUCUGUUUUGCCCCCCCCCCCAACUCCCCCAGUCAUGCCACAGCACAAGCACCUACAGCAUGCAUGGGGCUGAUGGUGGUGAUUGUUGUGCAAAGGCCUUGCCACGAUCAGAUACAUGCACCGUUACCGCCACUUUUGUCUCGCUUCGUGCCCCUUGCUUGUUGUGCUUUUUUUCCCCUACGACCUCAUUUUCUGUUUGUCUGUUGCAUGUUGUUCUUCUUGACGCUGUGCUGUUGCCAGUGCUGUGUAUCUGCGCCAUUCCUUUGGACAUUCCGUGCCAUUCUGCUUGUGUUGCUCUCUCCACCUCCCCGCCCCACCCCUCUUCAACAGCGGCUCCGCCUGAGUUUACAUACGCACGCCAUCGCCAGCCCGCACACUUUUGUGUGAGAUUCAGCCCUUGUUUUUGUUCACUGCUCGAAUAAACGCAAGUCACGAGAAGAAGACAGCUGCGCAAAAC